UUCAAAGUCGGCAUAAGCAUACCAAUCUAAGCAGUUGCUGGACAAAACUAUUUACUUAGCAAAGCUUCUAUCUUUACCUUCAUUCAGUGUUGGUUUACUUUACCUGUAGCUUACUUUUUUUAGCUUAUUUUGUCUGUAAAAUGAACGCAUUUAUUACCUUGUUUGCCUGCUUUAGCUCCCUUUCACUUUUAGCCAAUGGAGCCUUUUUUACUUGUUCUGACAUAGUAGAAAAAAUGUCGGAUUGCAAGAAACUCACCGAAACUAAAGGGUCAUUUGAAGUGCACGGGCUAACGAUCACCUAUUGGGUGUACGAAGACAAAGAAAAUAGGGAUCAUUUGAUGGACCCGAUUAUUGUCGUGAAUGGUGGACCGGGAGCUUCCUCAGCAUACAUGCAGCCUCUGAAGCAAUUAGCUUGUAGAGGACGAAAAGUCAUUAGGUACGACCAAGGCGGCACUGGAGAAUCUUUUAUCGCAAAUGUCACUAAAAACGCGCCAUUUCUACUGGAGAUACCCUACUAUGUAGAUGAGCUCCAGGCCCUAGUCAAACAUCUCGGACUGGAAAAGUACCAUCUGUUGGGCCAUAGUUGGGGCACGGUUGUGGCCCAAGAGUUCGCCAUGACUGAGCCUGAGGGAAUGCUUGGGUUAGUUUUGGUGGGGGCUUUAUCAAGUGGCCGAUUCUACAUCGAAAGCCAACGCGAAGUACGACAUAAAUCUCUGCCGCCUUACCUGCAGAAACUUUUGAAGCAGUUUGAAGCUUCGGGAGAUUGGAAUUCACCGUUAUAUGAAGCGGUCAACACUUACUUAACUGGCUUGUGGACCAGUCGGUUGAUUCCGAUGCCAGAUUGUGUGGAGGAUGCAUUUGCUGGCAUAAACAUGGAGAUCUACGUGGACAUCAAUGGACCCUCGGAGUUCACAAUGAGCGACAAGUUACUCAAUUGGGAUGUGACUGGAAAAGUGGACGGACUAAAAUACCCGACGACUGUGAUUGGAGGAGAACACGACACCAUGACCUACGACUGCCUGACUCACGUCGCGAAUGGAAUCCAAAACUCGGAGCUGAAAAUCAUUCCCAAUGCUGGCCAUAUGUCUUUCAUAGACAACCCUGAUCUGUUCAUGGACUACCUGCAGGAGUUCUUGGUGACCCAUGACUCCAGUUCUGAGAAGCGAAACGAGGAGUUGUAAACGCACUCGGUGAUGAAUUCAAACUCAUUGUACUUGGUGUAAAUAGAUUCAUUCAAAAAACAAUAUUGUGUGACAAAGAAAUUCGUGAAUACGAAAGUAAG